GGGGGAUAUAAGGCUGACAGAGCAGGGCCAGGAGGGGGGAGGGCGGGAGGGAGAAGAGCUGCUCACACAGGCAGACGCCAUGAACCCCCAGUUGCUGUGGAUCCUGCUUGGCACCCUGCUGGGGGCAGCGUUGGGAAACCGCAUGCGAUGCUACCACUGUGGCGGCAGCGGCCCCAGCAGCUCCUGCAAAGAGACCGUGACAGUCACCUGUGACGAGGGCGAACGCUGUGGCUUCCUGGACCGCAAACCCCAACCAGGCCUGGGACAAGUCAAGAUAUCUGGAAACCGCAGGAAUUCCACAGAAGUGGUGUCCUUCCCAGUGCCUGAGGUGACAUCAGUGGUUGUCACACAAGGUUAUAAGCAGAAAGCUGGAUUGGAAGAGGAGCAGCUGGGACUCAAACCGGCACCCAUUUGGGAUGCCAGUGCUGCAGGCAGAGGCUUGUUUCAAUUUCUCUUCUUUUUUAAAAUGUAUUUUAUUUUAAUUUUUAAUUAUUUUUUUUAAAGAUUCAAUGUGCUUUGUAGAUAAAAUCCUAAGAACACAAUGGUAUUCCCUCCCUUCCUCCCUCCCUCCCUUCUUCCCCCCACACUCCAGGGAAGUGUUUUUUUUUGGGGGGGGCGCAGAGAAUCCCUUUGGGUUCCUUGAAUCACAUCUGCCUCAGAAUGCAAGCCCUGAAGCCAGGAGUCCAACAC